AUCUGCUGUCAAAGAAAUGGUCAGAAAUGUUCAAAAGAGAAGUAACAGAAGCUAAUUGGACCAUAAAUAUCUCCAAAUUAGCUACCAAGCUAACAACAGCAAGUUCCGGUUCGGUUUACCUUUACUAAACCCGAAUUUAAUUCAAUUGACCUCCCCGGUUCAAAACCCCAAAAUCGAGAGAGAAGGACGCGAGAUCGAUUGAUGGGGUCAUCAUACUCCGCCUCUUUUUCUAACUCCUCCACCGCCGCCGUUCCACCUCCUCCGUCUCCGCCUUCAUCGCCGUCGAGAUCCACUGUAAAAUCUAACGGAGAAGAGAGACCACGUUUCUUCGAUGGAAAAGCGAAGAACAAAUGCUGGGCUAAUGCUGACAUCGUACCUGGUCGACAUCCGGAGAGGUGGCGUAAAGACGCCGCCGGAAACAUCGUCUGCAAACGUUUCGGAAACUGCAGUGGCUGUCUCUGUUUCGAGUAUGAUCACAUUGUUCCUUACUCCAAAGGUGGAGAGUCGAUAGCUGAAAAUUGUCAGAUUCUUCAAACAAGAGUGAACAGAUUAAAAUCAGCUCAAGAAAAUGUGGAUGCUACCACACUUAAGAGCUAUUCGUGUGGUCUUCAGUUUACGGACAAGGAGCUAGAUGUGAUCGAAAUGGCGGUAUAUGGAGACGUGUUACGACCUGGAAAAGAAUGUCGCUGCAAAACGGUAGCCGAGCUGCUUGGUCAGUCCAAGUCAAAAGACGGUAAAGCCGCAUGUGAGUUACCAUCAUAGAAAGUAAUCAACCAUGCUUUUGUAAAGCUGUGAUUCAACUCUUAUGCUCAUUAAUUUGUUGGUAGAUACUUCCUUCUUUUACGUAUUCGAAACCAUUUGUUUGUGAGCGUUGUGAUGAUGGAAAUAAAACAUUCAGCUUGCAGCAUUGUAACCUAACUUUUCAAGUCAACAAAUUGAUUAUUUAAGUA